AUCCAAAUGUAAAAUCAAAAUAUACUCUAAUAUUACUUACUUACUUGCACAAGAGUGUUUUUUCUGUUGGGUCUUCUCUUCUCUAGAGUCUCUCUAACUCCUCCAUCUUUAUUGCCGAGUCCAUUGCACCACAUCUCUCUCUUUUUCUCUCACUUAGAUCCAUUUUUUUCUUCAUUUAUGGCCAGUGGACUCUCCAUUGAUUCAGAUCUCAUUACCUUCUUCCACAAGCCACCUCUAAUUCUUAAUUCCUUCUCUCAAACUCCCCAUCAAACCAUCACUAAUAAGCUCAAUUAUAUGGAUUCCAAUAAUAAUUCUUCUCCUUCAGGUUUUCAGUUUCCUGUUACCCUUAAUUCUGAUGAUCGUAACCGGACCGUCAACGACGAAAUGGAUUUCUUCGCUGAGAAACACUGUAGUGAUCAUGAUGUUAAGCCGGUCAAUAACAAUGAUGAUUAUAAACAAGUGAAUGUAAACACUGGUUUGAAUCUUCUUACUACUAAUACUAGUAGUGAUCAAUCCAUGGUGGAUGAUGGAAUUUCCACUAAUAUGGAAGAUAAACGAGCAAAAAAUGAGUUAGCGGUUUUACAAGCGGAGCUAGAAAGAAUGAAAAUGGAGAAUAUAAAGCUGAGAGAUAUGUUAACUCAAGUUACGACCGAUUACGAUGCACUGCAGAUGCAUUUAAUGACAAUUACUGAUGAGGAAAACAAGAAAAUACACAAUAACAAUAACGGAAAUGGUGCACCGGUGGCUCCUCGGCAGUUCAUGGAUCUUGGUCCGGCUGCUGGUGGCGGAGGCGGAGGUGGUGAUACAGAUGAGCUUUCACUCUCUUCAUCGGAAGGGAGGAGCGGGGACCGAUCAAGGUCUCCGGGGAAUAAGAAUAUCGAAGAUGGAAUUGAAAGAGAAGAUGGUACGGAUCAAGGGUGGGGGUGUAACAAGGUGGCGAGAUUUAAUCCGGCGAAAAAUAGCGUUGAUCAGACGGAGGCGACGAUUCGGAAGGCUCGUGUUUCGGUCAGAGCUAGAUCGGAAGCUCCCAUGAUAAGUGAUGGAUGUCAAUGGAGAAAAUAUGGGCAAAAAAUGGCUAAGGGAAAUCCUUGUCCUCGAGCUUAUUAUCGCUGCACCAUGGCUGCUGGUUGCCCAGUUAGAAAACAGGUACAAAGAUGUGCAGAAGAUAGAACAAUUCUGAUAACAACAUACGAGGGAACACACAACCAUCCAUUACCUCCGGCAGCAAUGGCAAUGGCCUCGACAACUUCAUCGGCAGCACGAAUGUUAUUAUCAGGAUCAAUGUCGAGUUCUGACGGACUAAUGAAUCCAAAUUUUCUAACCAGAACAAUCCUACCAUGUUCCUCUAGCAUGGCCACCAUAUCAGCUUCAGCUCCAUUUCCGACCGUUACAUUAGACCUAACCCAACAAAACCCUAAUACAAAUCCUUUACAGUUCCAGAAAAACCAAACACAGUUUCAACUCCCAUUUGGUAAUCAAAAUCUUGCCAGUGCACAAGCUUUGUUGCCUCAGAUUUUCGGACAAGCACUUUAUAACAACCAGUCUAAGUUUUCAGGUCUGCAAAUGUCUCAGGAUAUGGAAACAGGUAAUAAUAAUAAUAAAUUAGGUCACCAGUCACAGCCUGCAAUGCAGCAAAAUUCAUUGGCCGACACGUUGAGCGUGGCGAGUGCUGCUAUUGCAGCUGAUCCUAACUUCACUGCGGCUUUGGCAGCCGCGAUUACUUCGAUAAUUGGUGGCGGUAGCGGCAGCGGCGGUAGUGGUGGCAGUUUAAGUAAUGGUACUAAUAACAACCACCUGCCAACUACCGGCAAUAGCAAUGGCAGCAAUAAAAUCACCAAUUCAACUCCAAGGGAUCAAUUAAAAUAAACUAUUUCCUUUUUUUUCUUUAAAUUUUUCUUUAUUUUUUCUUUUCAGAAGUUUUUUUAUUAUUUUAAUUUUUUGAUGGAGAAAAAUACAAAAAGUUAUACAUGUUCAUUUGGAGAUCAAGUAGCUAUAGCUAGCUAAAAUAAUAAUUUAAGUAAAAAUGUUAUACACUUUAUUGUUAAUAAAUGGCAUUCUUGAUUUUUUGUUUCAA